UGUCAUUGUAUUUCAUCAUGUUUCAUCAUGUGCUAAGUCACGUGAUGGGAAAGAUACAUUCAUAAAUGGACAUUCUAGUUUUGAUUUCUCUUUCUAAUUAAACUCCUAACUGACUUAGGAAGGACACAAUCUACGAGGAGAAUCGAGCUUGAACGUAAUAGGAUGAAAAUAAUGCUUUGUUCAACUGUCCUAACCCAUAUCUGAUGCUUACCUACUUACAAUUCAAGUUCAACUCCAAAUAAAACGCAGCCCGCCAGUGUCAGUCAAAAAAUAAGAAAAUAAAGAAAAUAAAAUACCAAAAGGGAAGUAUAGUCACGAAGUCAGAGGUUCACAUGACGCCCACAUGUAUAAAAAUCCCCACUCAUGUGAUCCUCCACUCCCCCACUUUGAAACCCAAAGCAGCUUCUGCAGCGCACAGCCGUUACCAAAAAAGACGCGAUGAAGUCAAUCUCAAUCUCCGCAAUCCAACGGCCACGAUCUCUCCCUCCCCUUCCCCUUUCCCAAUCCUCGCGACGCCUCUGAUCAUGUUAGCCGCCGCCUCCUCCUCAUCCACAUGGCUCCGAGCUCGCCGAAGCCGCUACCUCUUCCUCCUCAUCUGCUCUCCGAUUCUCAUCCCCUUUCUCUGCGCCACUUUCCCUUUCCUCUGCGCCGCCGAGCUCUGCCUCCGGCUCUGUCGCCGCCGCCGUAUAAAGACGGCUCACGGCGCCGACGAGGAGGUGGAGGAACGGCUGCGGCGAUGCGAAGAAGGACGCGGCGGCGAGAGAGAAGAGAUGGGGCUGCUGCAGAGGUAUUUGGAGGAUCAGUUGCUGCUCGUUGGAUCUGUGUAUGAUUGUGGGGAUGAUGAUGUUGAUGAUCGUUUGUAUCAUGAGAUUCAUGACUAUGAUAAUGAUUCCAAAACUACUCCUCUUUUGGCUUGAUUGAUUGCUUCUUUGCACUUUCCUUUUUUUUUUUUUUUUUUUUGGUAGCUUGUAGAUCAUCCAUUUUUAUUUAUUUUUCUUUUGGUAAAAUUUGUUUGUGAAGUUUUUUUGUUGAGAAUUUUUGGAAUUGUGAAUAUGAAAUAGUGGUGUGCGUCUUUGCCUU